GGACCUGGCUGUCCAGUGAGUGAUUGUGAGGUUGGGAACCCGGGGGCCGCGGGGCAACAGCCCUCUAACUCGCUACUCUUCCAGUAGGUGUCCGGAGGUUGCACAGUAGUGCAGUGGCGCGGGCCGGCAGCCAGUGGCGACUCCAGCAAGGGCUGGCUGCCAACCCUUCCGGCUAUGGGCCCCUCACGGAGCUUCCUGACUGGUCUUUCGCGGAUGGCCGCCCUGCUCCCCCAAUGAAAGGCCAACUUCGAAGAGAAGCUCAAAGGGAGAAGCUUGCAAGACGAGUUGUGCUGCUGACACAGGAAAUGGAUGCAGGAUUACAGGCAUGGAAGCUCAGGCAGCAGAAACUGCAGGAGGAAAGGAAGCAGAAACAUGACCUUAAACCUAAAGGGACGUCACUGAGGAACCCACUUCCAAAUCAAUAAAAAGCUCCUGUCCCACUUU